UAUACUUGUGCCGCCGUCUCAGCGCCCGUCAUGAACUAACCUCUACCAUGGAGCGCCUAUCACCCCUUGGUGCGCGUACGCAUUGUCUCAUAAGGAAAGCUAAGGACACCACUUGCAUCCCAAUUAGCGAAGAGAGUUUUGCCGGCAAGUGAAAACCAAUACGAUACCACUGUACUUUGAACGUUCGGAGGGCGCUAUUGUCUGGAUUAAGGAGUUGAAAGUGAAAUUGAGAAAAUUACCGCGUUACGAUCGAUUAAUUGUACUUUGAUAACGCGAUUUGUGUUUGUGAAUUGUGUCAAUACGGAUAUUAGAUAGCAAUGGAGAGAAUACCUAGAGUCCUCUUGAGUAUAGCCUUAGCUGCUCUCUUGCCAAUUGCCGCACCAAAUAUUCGUGAGGAGCAAGCCAAAGAAAAUAUCCCUCAUUCGCGGCAAAAGAGGAUUCUAUGGAUAACCAACGAUGGUCGUUUAGCACUACCACCCGGUACUACAAUGGCAAUUACACCUUCAAUAUCGAUGCCUUUUGUGAGGCAUCCACCGAAGGGAUUCCUCUCAAACAUGACUAUUAGUUUCCCGUUUACAAUCGACUUCGACAAACUGGGAUUGACAGAUAACGAAAACCCGUACGGUGAUUUGCCGCCAAUUUUUGCGCGGUCUAUGGGCAGCACAGCGGCCUCUCUAAUGGCAGACUAUGUUGGCCAAUAUCUGGACCAUAGACGGGGAAAACGAUCAACAGACAAAAUGAUACCGCCUGAAGCUGAGAAGCUGGUUCUUGACAGAUUUCAUGGCGGAGAAAGAGCCCUCAUGUAUGGAAUUGCAGAGGAUCUAUUAGCCAAUUUUGGCUUAGAUGGAAGAGAAUGUCUUUUGCGUGCAAUUUGUGAAGUGCAUGCACAUCCUUUACAAAACUUUGGCUUCCUUGGGGAGGUUAUGAAGUUGUUCUUUAGCCCUACAAAAUCCCCGUACGCAAGUCUUUUGGAUGAAUAUGUGACAGCUCAAAAGGCUGGAGAAUCGGGAGGUGAAUGCUGGCCAUAUUACAGGCUUUGUCCAAAGAGUAUAUUUCAAUCAACGCAAAAUAAAUAUGCGGAAGACGCAGAAAAAAUCCACAGACAAGAAAAUAUCGAUGAUAAUGAUAUAGAAACGAAAGCUAUGUAAGAAACUCCCAAAUGUAGCGAUAGUGUCCAACCAAAGUCCAAUAAAAAAUUAGUCGUUACACAAAUUGAGAUCAAUGAUACCAGAUUCAAAAAAUGAUUAAAAUGUAUAGUGGUACAAAUUCUGAUGGAAGCCAAAAUAUACAAAAUCAAAAAAUACUGAAAUACUACUAAAAUACACAAAUUUCAUUAAGCUGAAUAGUUUUUUUCACGUAAAACGUGCAAAUUAAAAAUCUUUUUUGCGGACUGUCACAGAAAUAAUAAAUACUAAAUAAUUAUUGAUUUAUAUAUAAAUUGAGCAGCGCUUCGUGGCCGUAUUUAGACCUAUAAUUAAAUAAUAUAACAAACAAAGAAACAAAAAUGUUAUGGAAUUUACUUAAAUGAAUUAAUUAAAUUUGUUAUUGGAUGUAUUUUCACUUAAAAGGGUUUCCAAAUCUUACACAUUGUAAUGCAGCGUUUGUCAUCGGAUUGCGUAAAAUAAUAGAGGAUUUAAUUAAUACUCUACAUUAACCAAUCGUGUACAAUGAUAUAAGCGAAAUAAUUAAAUAUUAAUUCCUAUGUAAGGAAUGAAUUCAAUGUAAACAUUGAAGAGUGCUUAGGUCUGCUAUAUUCUCGUGAAUUUAGGAUAUCGCCACAACUAAAAAAACCUGAGAGAGCAGUUAGCUCGUACAGUCAUAAUCAAUAACCAAAUUAUUAAAUUUAAUAU